AGCCCGUGACGAUUCCCUGUAGAAGUGCGCCAUCCGUAGAAGAGGAUUGAGGAGUUUCCGUUUUUCUGGCCUUCUAUAUUUUGCUGUGGCUAAUGGGUUAGCUGCUGCCACUCGUGCUAAACGCCGGUAUUUUGGCCCGACUCGGAACGUCUCGCUUAGCGACCAUGGACAAGCUGUUUGCGGUUUGCUGCGGGGACAUACCAGACUAUUGAUACGGCUCCAAUUUGGUUUCCAUGUGAAAGAAGGGAGCUUCAGAGGGCUGCACAUCAUCAGUGAACACAUCCAUGCCCAGCCUGAUCAUGGAGAGAGAGCCGCAAACACUGCAAAAUAUCCUGGAGGAUGGAUUAGGCAGGGAUUUGAUGGAUGCCGGCCGGUUUUGCUUCAACUGUGAGCAAAUAUUUUCAGAUCGGAGAUCCCUGGAGCAACAUGUUUGUCUUGCUUCAACUCACAUCUGCUCCUGUGGAACCGAGUUUACAAAGUACGCAGACAUGUUAGACCACAGCACGACACAUGAACCAGGGCACCAAGUCCUUGACCACGAAACAAUAAGAAAGCGCAGAAUUGAGAAGCUCAUAGCAGAGGAAGAGCAGCUGAUAAGAUUACAGACCGGUGACGUCGUCUGGGAGGCACCGAAAUUGAACAUUGUGCCAUCAAAAUCCCUGGCAGUGAAGCCCAUGCCGCAGGUACCCAUUAAAUCAGCUUAUAAGCCACAAGUUCCCAUGCAGUCUGCACAGAUUUCACAAGUGCCUCAGUUGUACCCCUCUGCAUCAAAAGCGUCCCUUCCCCAAAAGUCUGUCAGCUCUGCAAAGGGCGUGAAGAAUAUUUUUGCAGGUGUAGGUUCACCAACCGUGGAUCUUUGGACACUUUACCAGCCAGUUGUUUUGCUUAAAACAUCACGUCAGUUUAACAAGAUAAUGCCAUAUGGUUGUGGUAAAUGUGGGCAGUGUUUUUCAUCAAAAACUUCUCUAAUCUCCCACCACGGCUCCCACGUCACAGAUAAAGUUUCAGGCUGUAUAGGAUGUGGGCUGCUGCUCUCGAGCAAGAAAGUCGUGCCUCGCUUCCAUGUCUGUAACUCGUCCAACAAUGUUACCAAAUUCAGACUCAUUACUGCGAGACCGGUGGGUUUCAAGAUGCCAAAUGAAGCCCGUACAGAGAGUCAGAAACUGAGUGCCCAGGGGCCACAGGCUUCUACCUCUAUACAGCUGAAAAGGCAGUAUCCCAGUGCAACCAAUAAUGGCAUCCGGAGACCUUUUGUCCCUUCCAACCUGCAAUUAAAACACCAGGAUAUCAGAAAAUACCAUAAAAGCGAUCAGGGGCGUCAUGUCACUCCGUCGCUGCAAUCAAGAAUUUGGAGUCCUAGCACAUCCAAACUUUACAACACUGUCUCCCUUCCAUCUAAGAGUCAGAGUCCAAGUCUGACUGCAUCCAAUAAAAGCAGUCACUGGAUUCCUCACUCCAUGCAGACAAAGAUGCCCACAAACAUUGCAUCAGCUGCAUCGAGCAAACCUUCUCAGAUGUCCCCUGCAUCAAAUGGGUUCAAAUGUCGAGUCUGUCAUCUUCCUUUUGAAUCUGCUCAGCUCCUUCAGAGGCACAAGUGUAUCAGAGCACGAGAGUUUAUGGCACAGCAUGGCCCGGGUGGCAGACAGCAAUACAAAAUAAAGACUGUGAUACCAAUGACAAGCCCAGUUCCCAUUCAGAUGAAUGGUGAGAGAAGAUUCCAGGUCCCAGCUGCUGGUAACAUGAAGAAAAGCCAAGUUGUGGCUGUCGGUCUGGACCGAGAGCAAGAUGCAGUUCCUGUGAAUAAGAAAACAGGAGGGGCUAUGGACGAUGAUUGUUAUAUUGUUGAAAGUGGACCAGACAAACCUGCUGAGAUGAUUUACCAAGUAACCUCAUCUGUUCCUAUUAAAACUUGACAAAACUAUAGCGCUACAUCCAGUUUGCAUGUUACAUUUUAUGUUAAUGAUGGACCAAGUACAGGAACAUUGCAGCCUCUAGGUUGAACAGCAUCCACUGGUUUAAGUUUAUCACAAAGAAGUACUUUCAAAGAUUAAGUGUAGGAUGUUUAGUGACAACAAACAUGCAUCUUGAGCUGGAUUUCUCUCCUCAGCACAGUAAACGGGAUUAACUACAGAUUAUGAAGUUGGUAUCUCUAUGGUUAUAGAAGAUGUACAUCAACAUUGCUCAUUAUUAAAUGUUUGUGCAUGGUUCAUCCUUAUAUGAUGGGAUAACCAGGCACUGCGCUUUGCUUUUAAAAUAUGUUUUUGUAUGAUCAGAUAUUGUGUUGUGUGACUGGGAACUGACCACGAUACCUUGUGUGUUCUUGCCAGUUCUGGGAAACUUCAAGAAUACAUUAUAUGUUGUAUUAAACUGUAUUUUUAAAUUCCGUGUGUGUGUGUGUGUAUGGGAGAAUGCAAAAAAGAUAUUUGUGAGAUUAUUCACAUGAUCAAUUGACUGAAUGUAUCGUGACUUUAACCCAAGAGCUAUGCAAACACCUGAACUGAUACCAUAUGUUAUACAACAGGAAAGUCCAGUUUAUGAUGCAUGACAAGCACAGUAAAUGUAAGACUAUCAAAAUAUUUUGGCAGAUAAAACAAAUUACAUGAAAUCCUAAAAGGAAGCCAUGAUUGGAAAUAUAUUGAUUCUGAUUGUGGCAGAAAAAUAAAUGGGGCAAAUCAAUUUUUUUGUUUUUCCACAAAUAAGUACUGAUCUAGACUUCUGUAACUUAUUUGAGUCAUUUAUAUAGAACUAUGCAUCAAUUCUAUCUAAUAAUGUGGCUCCUCAUCUGCCAUGAUGACAUGAACCUCUUCCUCCGACUUAUUUAGUUCAUUCAGGUGCAAUUAUCUGUGCGUCCAGCAGAUGGGGCCAUUUCACAGAAAAACCACGGUGCUGAACGAUGAGGUCGAUAUGCAUCGUGGAAGAGGAACAUUCUCUACCUGUGUCUGAUUGGGUUGUAUAAGUUGCCUCACUGGAUGAUUGGUUAAGGGUUUUAAGGGUAAGCCAAUCAGAGACAGGGCAGGGACCGGUCUUCGCCCAACUCGGCUUCUAUUGGGAAAUUUGUGCAUGCGGCGUUCAGGUGUGUUUGUGCGCUUGUAAUCUCCAUCACUUUGAGUAGAAUCAGAGAGCAAGCGCCUUAUGUCUGAAGAACAUAUAGACGAGGGUGAAUGAUGUUUGCACAGGUGGUGCGGACCCACUCUGCUUCAAUCUGCAACCUGGAGGGAUGUCAGGCCCAUUUCUGGUAGUUUAUCUCCCUGUCAAAUCCACAACGUUGGUGCAAAUCACAUUUCCAGCAACCAAAGUGUAUGUCAAUAAACAUUACAUCUCAUCAAACACACAACAAAUACAUAAAUUAAUACUUAAAGACACACUUAUGGUUGCCAACCUUUACACUACUGGACCUCCGAGGGGGGGUUAGGGUUUAAAGGUAAAUUUAAAGUCAUUUAUAACCCACACCAAGGAGGUUCUGUGCCAUUUUGCCUCUUGUAUUUAUUUUUGGUUUAUUGAAAACAACGGUUACAAAUAUGAACCUAUUAAGACAUAUUAAUGUAUCUAGAUUUGCACUGGUGUCGAUGCAGUAUUAAGGAGGAAAAAAAGAAAAACGCCAGCAAAAGUAGAGCAAAAGUUAAAUAAAUGGAUAAAAUAAAUAAACUGAGGGGCUUUAUUCAAUCAGGAUAAACAAAUCCAGGAGAGAAAAAUGUUUCAGGGCUUGUCUGUCAUGCACUGAAGAGAUUUUGCAAAUGUCUUAUGAUAUGGGGAUCAACUUUUAUUUUAUUUUUAUUUUUUAUAAUUAGUAUUGAAUGAUAUAAUGUCAGUGUGUAAAGUGUUUCCUUAACAGAAUCGGGUUAUUUAUUAAAAAAAUAAUCAUAUCCAUAUCUCUUUUGACUGGAGCCAACUCUCACAUGAAGACCACACUGGAAGAAAACACGCUACAAAGCCUCAAUGUCCUUCUCACAAAAACUACACAAGUUGUCAUUCCAGUUAAAUCGUUCACGUAGGAUGGAUACAUAUCAUUGUAAAUUUUAAAUGCCUGCUUUAGGUUGGUUCUCGUUAGCUUAGACACGUUUGAAAUCCGACCUGCAGCGAAGCGAAAACUUCCCACAGCCCUCGAACAUGCUCGCUGAGCUCGGCGUGAUGUUCUCCUCUCUCCGCAUCGUCUGUGGAUGUGGACUGUGCCGCUGCCGCUGUUCGCCCUGAGGCCAAGAGAGAAAACCGGGCUCAAGUGAACAACUCCCCGGUCCAUGCACGUCUGGUGUCUUUUUUUUCAAGGAAAGCACCGUACCGACACAGCACGGCAUACAGGAGCUAACUUGAGCUAGCUAGUCGCUAGCCAGUGCAGCAGCGGUCAGUGCAUGGCUACGCAGAGACCCGCAGCCCCGACUCUCCCUCACAGACUUUUGACAUGGGGAGUAAAAUGUCCUUCAGCAGAGGAAGCAGUGACCAAAAUACCGUCUCUGACCUAACGUCUGUGACACCUCAUCCUCGCAGUUCCAUUCAUGCUCCUUCCGACUGCAAGCAGAUACCUGAGGAUAAGAGAUGCAGUGACGAAGACCUGGACUCCAGUUGGAGAGAGGAAAUGAAGGCGACAGAACCGAGUCAAACUGCCCCUGAGUCCCACUCAUCGUGGACUCUGGAGUCUGACGGCCAUGUUAACUCUGAAACAGGCAGCGGAGCUAAUAGUCAGCAGAGUGAGCACAUGCCAUCACAGGUAGGGAUGGAAGCAAUGGCUCCUGCGAUCGUGUGCAGCUCAACAACAGACACUCACAAACAGACUGUGGAGGUCUGCAAAAAACGCAGGCGCACUCGUAAAAUUAAAACGCGGUUGACUGCGGCGGACAAAAACAAUCCACAUACCGCUGGGGUUGAUGCCGUUCAGCACGAGGAGAUCAGCACGACAAUACCUUUGCCAGCAUGUUUGGAAAACCACACCAGUGUUGAUGUGCCUCACACUGUAGACGAUCCUUUAAUCAAUAAUUCUGCUCCUCGUACUGUCUCAGAUGGUAAUGUAGAAGACGGUGAGCCUGUGUUGACAAAGAGAAGAGGGCGGCCAAAAAGAGCCCAAAUUACAGCUUUUAAAAACAUCUUUACUGAGGCAGCCGACGCCAAUACCCCCGCUGCUUCCGCUCAUCUCAGCGACAUUAACGGUCCUGCAAGGAGGCUGAGGAGUAGAGGAGAGAGGGAGCCUUGCACACAAGAUGAACUCACUGGAUCUGAUGCAUCAAAUUUACAAGCCGUUAAAAGAAGAAGGAGUAAACUGGCUGAUCAGCAGGUUCCAGCUAAAGUGUCCAGACUGGAGGGUUCCCAGGAGGUCUCUGCAGUGUUGGGCAACAACACAGGCUGUGGGGGGAGAGCGGAGACAGAUAAGCAGGUGGAACUAAACACUGACAAACAAGAGACCGAAGCAGACACACGGGAACAUCAGUGCUCCCCGCAGUCAAGAACAGGAGAGCAACAGACAGAGCAAAAAGCAGUUGCAGUACCACAAAGGAGACUGCGUUCCCAGGCAGCAGCUGAGCCGGAAGUUAUUCCCUCAAAGGAUUUAAACAGUCUAAAUAAGAUAGUGGGCAUCACUGGCAGCGACAAGUCACACUCACAAAGCAGUCCUGACUCUCCAAAAGACACAAACAUGCAGAGUACAGAGCUGUCCAGCACUGAUGUUGUAUUGUCUACAGAAGAAUCACCCAAACUUGUCGGCAGCCGCCCUGCUGUUAAAACUGAGAAUAUAGAGGCGGAGCUGGAUCAUUUAAAUCUUGUGUCAGAGUUGAACAGUCCUAAAUCUUCACAACACAGUGCCACCACCACGCUUAAAUCUAAGGGUCCGAACAGUCAGCAAAACAUGUUAAGGCGCAAGAGAGGCGGCAAAAGGAGGAGGAGAGUAAGUAACGUGUUGAUAAAGAGCGAGCAAGUCGUUGAGGGGCAUGAAGGCGGCCCCGACACCCAACUCGCAGAAGACUGUGCAGACGUGGAUAAGGAGGCCAAGUUAGAGGAUGACGCAAAUGUCAUCUACAUUAAAAGAGGAGGCAAAACUCUGAUGAAGUGUGGCUACUGUGGUCGUGUAUUUAAAUUUCAGUCCCAGUUCGUCAUCCAUCAACGGAUUCACACUGGAGAGAGACCGUUCAAGUGUUCCGAGUGUGGCAAAGGUUUUACCAAAAAUUCCAACUUAAAUCUGCAUCUCAAGACCCACAGAAAGAGCAACAUUUAUCAAAAAUGCCCAUUUUGCAAGAUCAAAUUCUCCUGCUCUGAGUACACUUCUCAUAUGGAGAUGCACGCACAAGAGAUGGCCCAGGAAUCCGAGAAUGAUAAAUCGGAAAAACAGAGCAGAGGGGUUGACAAUGAAAAUGGUCAGGCACCUCAGACACCAGUUUCCCCAGGAAAGAAACAAAGGAAAGUGUGUCAGUACUGUGGUAAAACUUUCCCCUUUCAGUCCGCGCUUGUAAGACAUGUGCGUGUCCACACGGGGGAGAAGCCUUACAAGUGUGAUAUAUGUGGCAAAGCUUUUGGUCAGGCUUAUUUCCUCCGGGUUCACGAGCUCACGCACUGGUCUGUGAAGCGUUAUAACUGCACACUUUGUGAAAAAUCAUUCACUCAUUACAGCAAUGCAAAAAAUCACACAUGUCGACCCACGGGAGGAAACGACGAUUCAGAACCCAACAGACGUGCAAGGCCUUCACUAACGUACACGUGCCACAUCUGCAAGAAUGUUUUUGACCAUUUGCAGGAGUUCAACAGUCACAUGAAAGCCCACACUGGUGCUAAGCUUUACCGCUGCUUGUUUUGUGACAAGCUGUUUGGGGUAAUGUCUGAAUUUAACACCCAUCGCAACCAGUGCAGAGAGAGAAACGCCUCCAGCUCUGCUGUAAAGGAGGAAGACAGAAUGUCGUUGAUACAGUACACAGUGCCUGCUCUGAGGUGUUCAUCAGCACACUACUCGGCUUCUCCCAUCACAGCUGCAAACUGCGAAACACGGACAAAACAACCACAGUUGAUCCACAAGAAACGCAUCGCUAACCGAAAGAAACCGUUCCAGUCAGUCAUACCGGCCCACCAGCUCUCACACCUCGUGUCCAAGUUAAACAAACUGGACAACAGGUCCGACCCCAGGAAAUAUCUGUGUCCGAGCUGCGGGCGACAGUUCAGACACAUGGGCAGACUCCGAGCCCACAUGCUCACGCACGCCCCGGGUCAGAGUUACACUUGUACUUGCUGCGGUAAGACGCUACAAAACUGGAGAAAACUGUGGCGUCACCAGAGAAUCCACAGACAGAGACACGGUCGCUUCACUUGUCCUCAGUGCGGGCAAGGUUUUCGGUUUGCAGAGCCUUACAAGAAACACAUGAGCGAGCACCAAGAGUUCCAGUGGGUUCAGUUCAGGCCUAAGAAAGUGUUUCUGCCUUAUCAAUGUGAGCAAUGCAGGUGCAGCUUUAAGACUCUCGACUUGCUGUUCAGUCACCAGCUUUGCCAUUCAGUAUCGCAAGACACGCACAAGGACACUGCUUUUGAUGUAUACGAUUUAUCAGAUGAGCAUAGUACACAAGCAAACAAGAUAACGUUUACCCCUUCUACUAACAACUAUAUUGCAACGGUACAUGAACUUGAGGACAGCUUUUUUCCUCUGAGAACCUCUUCCAAAUAUCCAGAUCCACUUCCUCCAGAGUCACAUCUAGUGCCCGUGAUUUCUCUUGUCGAAAAUCCGGGUGUAGUUUUGGGUGAAACGUCCCCGUGUCCCAGCACCACGCACUCAAUCCAAGACAGAGAAACCAGCCAUGACGGAGAAGAUGGAAAUUCACUUGGAAAACCCAUUACACCUUUGAGAACUGUGAAAAGAUGCACGACCCCAAAUCCCAGCGACUCAAACGAUGGGUCUUCAGAUGGUAUUCAGUGCGCUGUGUGUGGUAAUGCCUAUCCUGCCAUUUCAGACCUUUAUCAGCACUAUUUACAGCAUGCUAGAGGCCAGGUGUAAGAACAUGCAUACAAAGAUACAAUUCCUCUAUCAAUUUGUUCAAACAGUGGGAAAAAUACAAACAUAGUCACUUAAAUACCUGGAAAUUAUUUUUAAACUUAUCAUAUGACAAGUUUCCAAUUUUGAAGACGUACACUGAGGGCCUGAUCUAAAGGUUAGUGUAAAAACGUGUGCAAACUAGAUUUUACCCGCAAAAGAAACUGCAAGCUGAUCUGCCAACGAUGCGCACUGAGGAUUGCGUUCAGAAUAACAUACACUGUCCAUUUAGUACGUUUGCCUUAAUGAAUAUGCAGUAUUGGGCAUUUCUACCCGAGUGCGCAAAAUAUUGGGAGGAGUAGAUGCAAAUACUUGAAUUUAGCACACACACUGUGAUUUACAAAGCCUGAAAAUAAUUGCGGUGACUGUGUCUACAUUUAGGGCCUGAUCUACUAAGAUCCCAAAUAAGCAGUGCUAAAUUGCGUGUGAAUUAUAACAGAUUGCACAUUCGGUUGGUUACAUAAUUGCGUAAAUGAUAACAGGUGCAAACAUGUUAGAGGCAGUAGUAUUUAGAUUAGUGUUUUUUCUUGCGUUACUGGUUUCCGCCAUGGAGCAUUACGGAGAGCAGAGUGAGCACAAGCACAAAGCGAAAUUGAAUGCCAUGGAAUGGGAGGUGUUAGUGGAAGAGGCAAACAAACAUGUUGCUGAGCUACAGCAAAGAAAUAUUAAUAUAACUCAAAGAAAUGCGAUAUGGGAGAGUAUCUGCGAGAAAGUAAAUGCUGUGGGUAAAACAAAAAGAAGAUUACAGGACAUAUGAAGAAGAGCAAAAGAAAAAAAAGCUCAUAAUAAAACCGUGGCAAAUAAAACAAUAAAACUCCUUCCAUGCUGUCUCCUCCUCACCACAAUAACUCCAGCCAUCUGUGCUCAUCGCUGUGCCGAUUAGUACCUACCUUUCAAACGUAUUCAAUAUAGACUCAGUCACAAUCACCGCAAUUAUUUUCAGCCUUUGUAAAUCACAAUGCGUGUGUUAAAUUAAAAUAUUUGAAUCUACUCCUCCCAAUACUAAUAGGCACAGCGUCACUCUUUAUUUGGGAUCUUAGUAGAUCAGGCCCUGAAUGUACAAAAGAAUAAUGAGACUACAUUUUCAACUUUACACUGAAGCCACUACGUUUACUUUGGUUUUUCUUUUGGUUUGCUUUUUUCUUUGAAAGAAGCAUCCCUGCAUUCAUGUGAUUGGCUAAAUAGCAAUACAUUUCAACAGGAAUUAUAACAUUUGUGAAUGUUCGAACAUAAAACAUCAGAAAAAAAAUAGCUGAAGCAUUUUGAAUUUGUGUAUUAUCUUGUUGCUCUGAAUCAUUGUGCCAACUUUUUUAUUUUCACUGCCAAGUCAGUUUGCAAACAGCUGAUCAGAUUUCAGACUUAAUUUAUUUAUAAACUCCUUGAGUUUCUUUAAUUUAAAGUAGUUGUAACUGUAAAAUCAAGUUUUUCUCAUCUAGUCACUCAAUAUUAUGAGCAAUUACGUGAAUGGUCCAUAUAAUUUCAAAUUCAUUUCAUUAAUUUACUGACAAAAAUGUUACUUCUGAGGAUUUAAUAUCAAUAUUCUGGUCUGUAAGUCAAACUGUAGCUAAAAUGUUUCAGAGAACACGUUGAACCAAUUCCAAAUUAGUUUUCCUGUUGAAGGACAUGCGGCUGCUUUUGUGUUAACAUUUUUAGUUAUUUUCAGUGUCGGCACUUAUCACGCGCAUGUUUGUCAAAGAGUUUGUGCUGCUGUGGAUUUGUGAUGUGUUGGCUGAAUCAAAUGAUGCUAAAUUUCUUUUAGACACCUUCCACACCUUCAGCACCAAGUUCUGUCAAACAGCCAUGGUUGUUCACUACUGCUUUUUCAUGCUUAUUUCCCACAUGGACACCCUGAUCGGUUGUAAAUAGUUUAAUCUACAGUUUGUCUUAAAAACAAUAAAGGUCACUUUUGUAUUAA